AUGCAAGACGUUUCCCCAAGUUAUACCUGCCAGGUUUGCCUGCUUCCAGCGCCCGGAUAUCAUUUCAGCGUGAUCAGCUGCCGAGCUUGCGCCGCAUUUUUCCGGCGAGCUGCCGUUCUACAAAUUACGUAUGUGUGCCAAUCGAAAAAGGCUUGUGAUGUCACCAAAAAGAACCGCUUCAGCUGCCGGAGUUGUCGAUAUCAGAAAUGUUGGGAUUUGGGGAUGCGGCCUUCCAUGAUAAAACAAAUGAAAAAUGGGGACGAAGAUGAAGAGGAAUCAGCGCCAAGGUUAAAGAAAAAGCGGAAGAAUACAAAGGAUGCCCUGCCGGAUUUGGCAGGCAUCCCAGGGCCGAGCGGCGAAAAUUCGGAAUCAGCCACUACUGCUCCGGCCGCCGAAUCUGAGCUAAAGGCAGAAUCAAUUGACGGUCACCAGGAGCCGGCAGCUGUGGUCCAAAAAAUGAGUGAUGAGCAGCAGCAGCUAAAGGAUAGGGUUGAUCAAAUGUUUUUGUCAAUGGUACCACUACCGAGACGAACGAUAGCUGUCCGGCUAUCAUUAAUGCAGCGGGCGCUGUUGGCUUUUGACGAGCAUAUCAAGAAAUGGCCAAUGUGUACGCCGGAAAACGUAAAACCUGGAGAACCAUUCACUAUAGCCGAGAUUAUGGGCAACGCUUGGGAAGAGCUCGAAAAUGUCGCCGUUUUCUGCAUGAGCAUGGAGGAAUUUGCAAAGUUGGAGAGGGAACAGAAGUGGGUGCUUUUCAAGCGCUUCUGGAAGCUGUUCACGAUGUUGGAGCGGUUCAGGACAACGAUGCAUUGUUUUGACGAUCCGCCCGAUACGCGAAUGCUGCUCUACGAUGGAACGUAUUAUGAUUUCGAAGAUCAAAGAAUUUGGACGAGGAGGUCGUCGAAUUUGAAGAAAAUUAUAGAUUUCGCCGCUCCAAUGAUCGAGCAGCAGUUGUACGAGAUUAUCGGACUGCUUCGUCGAACGGCCCCCACCGAUUUCGAGCUCAUUUUUUGCGCCCUGCAUAUUUUGUGGAACACCAGUGACUCGACAAAUCUGACAAAAGCGACGCUAAAAAGUGCGGAGGCUGCAAGAAAAACAUUGUCAACAGAAAUCCAUGAGUAUUAUACUACUGAGCUAAAUCGCCCAAAUUACGCGGCUCGGCUGAUGAAGGUGAUGAAGAUUGUGGCUGUUUUUGAUGAGGCAGCUCGUACUCACGCCGAGGCUCGCAUCGCUUUUCGGACAUUCGAAUUUUUGCCCAAAGAAUAUUUGACGACGGAUUUUUAUGAA